GUUUAUUCUGGCAGGGUAAAGUGCAGCCUCACUCCUGUGAAGUACGAACUAGUGUGGAUGGAGCACGACAUCUCUCUCCGUCCCUCCCUCGCAUGCCAAGUCAGACUGACUUUAUCUCUGUUCACCAGCUCCGACUUUAUUUUGUCCUCUGCAUCUGGAGUGACUGACUGAGAGGAAAAAGGAAGAAGCAGGUUCUUCAGCCUCGGAGGAAGAGAGCGAGGCUUCCCAAAACAGUGCGUCACCAGAAACCAGUACUGACAACCUGGACAAGACCCCCAGAAGACAGCUACCAUGUGUGACUGUUUUCACCUGGCAUUUCCCAACUGGCAUGCGUCAGCCGCGGGAGAAGGGCGAAGGUUGAAGGAACCAGAACAAGACACAGAUGAUGAUUUAGUAUGUGAGGAGCCUGAAGUUUUAGAGGGGGAAAGACCUCGUCCUCAGGGUUCCUCUCCUGUUGAGGAAUUCCCCACCACAGAGAAAUACGCAAAACAGGUUGAAGGUGAUUUCUAUGACUCACCCACCAAGAGUUCCAAAAAAAGCAAAAGGAUUGGUUUCGGCUCGCUGUUUGACAAGCGUUCCUCUGCCAAGAUGAAUCAAACAGAGGAUAUGCAAAUUGAUCAGUCAGAAAUAAUAGUGAAAACUGUAAAAGAAGUCUGUGCUGAGGGUUUGGUUGUAAGUGGAGGAAAGGAUGGCAUCUUCAUCAAGGAAGUAGAACCAGAGUCACCUGCCUCAAAGCAUUUAAGUGUGAAAGAAGGUGAUCAAAUACUUAGUGCUACAGUAUACUUUGAUAAUGUGUCAUAUGAAGACGCCCUCCAGAUUCUUGAGCAUGCUCAACCAUAUAAAGUGGCAUUCUGUCUAAAACGCAAACCAGCUCCAAGAACCCAGGAAGAUGCUGAGACAGAGAGGCCAGAUAUAACCAUUGGCGAGGAGGCUGAGCAAGUAGAGGAAGGUAGCGGACCAGAGAUGAGAGGUCGAAGAAAGACAAAAAAGCAACAUGAUCGCAUCUCUUGGCCCAAAUUCCCUACCUUUAGCAAAGGUCGCAGGGCGAAUUUUAAAAGAUCUCACAGCACGUCAGAAGCAGAGGAACAGAGAAAAUUAGAGAUAAGUCCGCCAACAAGUGACACAGAGUCUCCUCUUAAGUCUCCAUUAAAAUCCCCAGAUGGAAAAGACAAGAAAAAGAAGCAUAAAGUGAAACCUAAGAAGCGUAUGGCAGGCCACAGGAGCAAAUCUGUUGAAGAAACCCAAGAAAAUGAAGAGGUGCUUGCAACAGACAAUAUGAAGGUCUUGGACAACCAAAUUAUUAUGAAUAUAGUCGAAGAGCAAGUGCCAAUGACUAAUGUGAUAGAGAGUCCUAAAAUAUUGAAUGAAGCUGAAAAUAUUGACUCAACUAAAACAGGAAAUGAAUAUACAUUCCCCACUUUGCCAGCGACUGAAUCACUGCAUAAGGUUGAGCUCAUCAGUGUGUACACCACAUUAAAGACUACUGAUAUUACAGUCGCUCUUGGAGAUGAUGGCAAAGAAAGGAGAGAGAAAUCAGAACUGAGGGUUAGCAUUCCAGGAAAGGAUAAAUAUGAAAUAGAAACAGAGAGCCAAUUAAAAUCCUCCACAAGUGGAAUGAGAACUUUGGAUCCAUCAACAUUCUACAAUAUUUUGGACAGUCCUAAUGUAAUAUCACAAACGGAACCAGUUGGACAUCGAGUGGAUUCCAAUAGCAAACCAAUAAAUAAAGAGAUAUUAGAAAAGACCCAAGAGUCAGGAAAAACAGACAUGACCAUAGCUAAAGUUGAUGUUUCUCUUGACAUGCCAGAGGUAGGACCAAUAAGCAAAUCACCAAGAAUUGGCAGCGACAAGGAAAAGAAAGAAAGAAAGAUUCUAGAAACAGAAAGUUAUGGGAUUCGAACCAGAGGACCAUUGGCAGACAUAGCCACAUCAAAGAGUCAUUUUUCGAAUGCAGUAAACAAACUAGAUUUUACAUCAGACACUUUCACUUGUGAGAUUCAAAAAAGAGAGGAUAUGCCCUCAACAGACACAAAGAAACCAAUCACUCCAACUCCUGUUAUAUCCCAGCCAAAAUCACAUGCUCUGGAUGUGGACAGAAGCAGGAAGAGUACUGGAGGUAGCACGGACAUUGAAUCAAAUUUUAAACUGCCUAAAGUGGAUGUCUCUGAAUUCGACCACCAAGAAUCAAUAACUGUAAGACAGAAAGACCCAACUAAAGUGCCUCUCCUGAAACGAGAGGAAAUUGAGAUUUCUGGCAUGGAGGACAUAGGAUCAAAAGCCAAGGUUAAGCCUCCUAGAAUUAAAGAACAAAAAGUUGAGAAGAUAAUAAAAAUAUCAAAAGCAGGAAAAAAGCAAGCUCAGGCGGAAGCAGAAGAGUUUAAUGUUAAGGAUGUAAAGGACGCAGUAUCAAAAUUUCCUGCCUUCAAAUUACCUGAGAGAGACAUCACUGGAGUCCUUGUACAGAGAGAGAUCACAAUCAUGGAAAUUAAGUCAGACAAGACUGGCAUGACACCUAAAGGAUCCCCUUGUAAAAUUUCUAGCAUGAGCACAGAAAUAAACAUUAAUUUGCCUGACACGAUGGAUAAAGAAAAGCAGAGACUUUCUCCUGUUGCUACAAAAGGUCAAACCUUCGUAUUACCAAAAAUUGAACAAUUGCAUCUUGAUGAAAUGGUUAUAAUCAAGAGCAAAACAGACCUAUCAAAAAUGAAACUUGCUGACCACCAACCCAAAACUGGCAAAAUGUUAGCAAGGGAUGAUAAGAUAAGUACAUCUCCAGAUGUAAAAUUCAAACUUCCAAAGCGUGAAGACAUUGAAAUACCUGGAAUAGAAGCCAUUGAACAAUCAGUUCAACCAACAAAAAUCAUAAUAGCCAAAGAUACAGACACUCAAGACGAGGCUGUGAAAGACUAUACUGAUACAAAUAUCAAAGCUGACAAAAAUGUGCAUGAAAAGAAAUCGAAUAAAUCAAAGGUAUCAAUGCCAAGUUUUGGAAUCAUGACACCUGACAUUCGCUUCCCAGGUAUUGUGAUUGAAUUACCAAUAAAGGCCACGUCACCUAAAAGUGAUAGUGGCACAAUCAAGGAGAGGACAACUGAAGCAAAAAUAUCAGAAGACAAUAUCAAACAAUCUUCUGAAGAAGCAACAUUUAAAAAAUCUCAAAAAGGUGAAAGCUGUGCACCUGAGCAUGAAACUAAAAAAGCACAUGACAUAGAGGAUGAUCAAAUACUCCAUUUUGAUGUUUGCACUGCUAUAGUUAAGGAAACCUCAAAACAAGAUGCUGAAGGAGAACUGAAGGCUGAAAUCAAAAGCAAAGGCACAGAUUCCUCUCCACAAAAAAAGAAACUGCAUAAAUUAAAAAUGCCCAAAAUUGGAGGAAAAUCUAUGAAAGGAACAGCUGAAGUCAUCACAAAAGAGGAUGUUACAGUGCAAGAAAAUGACAUAAUAGAGGUUGUAUUAGAUUCUGAGAAGAGAACAUUUGAGACUGAUCCCAAAGCAUAUAGUGUAGAAACUAAAUUAAAAAUGCCAAGCAUAGAUGUUUCUGUUCCAAAAAUAAAAAUCCCUAAGGCAGAGGGAAAAUCAAAACAGGAGGAAACUGGGCUCUCAAAGCCUGAAGCUGUUGAAGCCAUUGAGGAUGCUCAAGAGGAGAGUGGAUUUAGACUGAUCAAGUUUGGUAUCUCAAUGCCAAAAGAGAAGACAGAAGAAGGUGACCUGUUACCAGAUGAAUCUGAAAAAUCCAUCAUCAAGGUUAGUGGAAAAACUGAAGUGGAGCCACCUGAACUUCCACAAGCUGAAAUGAAAGUAGCAGAGUCUAAAAUGAAGAAAAGGAAAAUAUCAUUUCCAAAAUUUGGAUUCUCUAAAUCAGAUACUAAAGUAUCUGAUGCUGACAUAACUCUCCCAGCCGCACAGGGCUCUUUACAUGAUGCUGAUUGGACAGAACUAGAUGUUGAAAGUAAGACCAAAGAUGUAGAGGCUGAGUUCAAGGAUUCAACAGAUUAUCUCACAAAAUUUAAACUUCCCACAAUUAAAUUUCCAAAAUUUGGAGUCUCAUUUCCCAAGCCAACUGAUGCUGGGGGCGAUAUUCAAAUGCCUGAUGUCAGCACAGACGAAGCUAAACUACCUGUAGAAGCAACAGCACUCUCUGACAAGAAAGGCAUGGAAAUGACUCUCAGUGUAUCCAAACCUGAAGUUGACUUGUCUCUGCCCGAAGGAAAGGCAGAAAUCAAAGGUUUUCAGAAAAAAGAAAUAAAAUCAUCUGAAGAAAUGUCAUUUUCUAAACCAGAUAUUGAUGCUAGCCUGACUGGCCAUGAUGCUGAAGAAAUUCCAGCUAUUGCAUUUUCAAAACAAGACAUCAAAGCUGCAGGCAUUGAUGUUAGUCUUCCACAGGUUGAUUUAUCAAUUCCAGAAGUUUCUGUGGAAAUAAAAGAGCCUGGUGUGCACUUUACAAUUUCAAAGGAUGAAGCUGAACAUAAAGAUCUAACAAAUGGUGGUACACCAGUAAAGUUUCCCUCUAUCAGCUUACCAAAGUUUGGUGGAAAAUCAUCUAAGGUAGUGAAAGACAUGCCAUUUGUAGAUAUAGAUACUGAAGAACCUGACGAAAGCCUUCCAGAAACACAAAUAAGCAUGCAACUGAAAGAUGAUGCACCAACAGGUGAUAUCAAGGAUUCUUUUGAGACUACAGAAGGUCAAUUUGUUAGUGUAGAUAUGAAGGUUGAAGAAACAACGCUCAAAGAACAAGAGGUUACCGUUACACUGCCUAAAUUUGGCAUUAGCCUCCCAAAGGUUAAAGCCCUCAAGCCAACUGAUAGUGUGGAUAAAGAAAAAUCAACUAUAGACCCCAGAGAAUCAAAUGCAGAUUCUGAUCAGGCUGAGAAAGAUCCAAGAUCUCCAACAAAAAUUAAACGUCCUACAAUUAAAUUCCCAAAAGUUGGUGUCUCAUUUCCAAAAUCAACAGAUGCAGUCUCUGACAAUCAAAUGCCUGAAGUCACCAAAGAUGAACCUGCCAUGGAAAUUAAAGCACUAGAAACCGAGCUGCCUACAGAGUUGCCAUCAUUACCUGAAAUGAAAACCCCACAUAUUAUUCUCAGUGUUUCCAAACCUGAAGUUGAUGUAUCUACCCCAGAGGUGGAAAAGGCUAUUGAUGAACACUCUGAAAAGAAAAAAGAAAAGGUAUUGUCUUCAGAUUAUGCAUUUUCUAAACCAGAGGUUAAGAUGAGCCUUGUAGGCCAUGGUCUUGAUCAAGAGACAGCUAUAGAAGGUUUGAAAGUGCAAGCCAGUAAUCUUGAGGCGGAAGUCAUCCUUCCUUCAGGUUCAGUAGAUGAAGUCAUCCUGGAGGCUAAAGAAAAGGAGAGUGAAUUCAAACUUAAAAAACGUAAAAUACCUUUUCCGAAAUUUGGCUUUUACAAAUCUGACACUAAGAUCCCUGAUGCUGACACCAGUCUUCAAAAAGAAGGAAUAUCUGUGCCUGACACUGUGAUCAAAGAGACUGAAAUGACUUUUCCUGCUCCAGAGGUUGAAGUCCAGUUGAAAAACAAAAGUACUUCUGGUUCUCCAUCUAAAUUCAAGCUUCCAACAAUUUCUCUCCCUAAAUUUGAUAUUUCCAUUUCAAAGACUGGGGAAGAGUCUGUUGCAAAAUCUGAGGAUGAUGCACAGUCAGAAAUAAAGGCAGCAUCACAGGAUAAAGAUACAGGAACACAAGAUACAGAACCAUCUAAAUCAACUUUAGAAACCCUACCGGUGGAUGCUGAAAUUAAAACUAAAGACACUGAUCCUAGUAGUCAAGGGAGUAGAUUUAUGAUGCCCAAAUUUGAAUUUUCAUUUCAAAAGCUAAAGGGACCAGAAUUUAAAAAGGGUGCAUCAAGAACAGAUGCAGAAAAAUCAGAGGUUCCACUGAAACAUGACAAAGAAAGUGCUGAAGGAAAAGCAGACAUACCUGAAGCAUCUGUGGAAAUGGAGGUAACAUUGAAAAUGCCAAAAAUGCCAAGCUCAGACCAUGAAUUUUCUGAACAAGACAUUAAAGCUCCAGAGAUUAAUGUUGAGAGGGGCGAUACAUCUAUGGCAGUAGGUGAAGUGGAUGUGAAUCUUGAGUCUGACUUGAAAAUUCAGACAACAGAGAUGUUAAAAGAUGAUUCAACCAUGGGAGGGUCACAGAUCAAAUUCAAACUUCCUACUUUCAAACUACCGAAAUUCAGAAGUUCAUCUUCCAAAGUAAAAGCUGAAAUAAUGGAUUUGAGGGGUGAGGAAAUUACUUUGGAGACUGAAGAUUUAAUCACAUCAGUAGAACCAUCAGACGUCAAAAUUGACUCUAAUGUGCCCGGUCAAGAGUUGAAGAAACCCUCAAUCAGUGCUGAUCAGACAAAGGUAGAUAGUGGAGAUCAAUAUACCCUGUCACUUACAGAGGCCAGAAUAUCAAAGGCAGAAGGCUAUAUUUCUUUACCAGAGGCAAAACUUGGGGAAGUAUCACAAGCCACACUAGAAAGCAAAAUUGAUCAAGAAGUUGGUUUAAAAGACACAGGUAUGAAAAUGAAAAAAACAGGCUUUUCACUUCCUAAAUUUGGAUUUUCUAAACCAGAUAUCAAGGCCCCAGAGAUUGAUGUCAGUCUUGCACAAGUUGAUACCUCUAAACCAGAAAGUGAUCUGAAAAUAAAAGAACAAAUUUUGAAUAUCACAGUGUCAAAUGUUGAGGAUGAUCAAAAAGAUACAACAGCUCUCGGUGCCACAGCAAAAUUUCAACUCCCCUCAAUCAACAUCCCAAAGAUUGGAGGACAAGCUACGAAGGAAGAGAAAACUAUGCCAGUUGUAGAUAUAGCUGUUAAAGGACCUGAAGUGACUGGUCCAGAUACACAAAUAAAAAUAUCAGGUGAAGCCCCAUCAGUAGAUAUAAAGAGACCUCAUCUAGCCACAGAGGGUCAAUCUGUAAGUGUUGACUUAAAUGUUGAAGAUGCUGAACUUGGAGGACAGGGAGGAAAGUUUAAGAUGCCAAAGUUCGGUAUUGGCCUUCCUAAAGUAAAAGGGUUUGAUUUAAGUACAUCCAAGACAGAUGAUAUAACUGAAGUAAAACAAAUUCAUAUAACAAAGCCAGAGAUAACAACUGAGGGGAUGGUUCAGCCACCAGAACAAGAUUCUAAAUUUCUAGAUGUGCAGAUAAAGCCAUCACCUGAAUUUGGGUUUUCAAAACCAGAAGUAAAAGCCCCUGAAGUUGAUGUAAGUAUUCAAAAAACUGAUAUCCCCAUACCAGAAGGCAGUAUGGACCUAGAAGAAGCAAAUGUGGAUAUUAAAGUGUCAAAGAUGGAGUCUGACCAAAAAGGUUCAACAAUUUUUGGAUCUCCAACAAAGUUUAAACUCCCGUCAAUAAGCCUCCCGAAAUUUGGUGUUAAAUCACAAAAAGUAGCAUUAGACAUUAAUGUGGCAGAUUCAGAGCUAGAGGGAACAAAUAUAAAAACAGACAUUUCUAAACCUGAUGUGAAAUUAGAAGUACAGACACCCAAAAGUGAAGCUAAAGUUGAAGGGAGUGCAGACAUGCCUGAGGUUGAUUCCAAAGGACUGCAAGUAAAAGUGAAGAGAUCGAGCUUUUCAUUCCCCAAGUUUGGGUUUUCUAAACCAGACACAGCAACUCCGGAAGUUAAUAUCAGUGUACCAAAGGCUGAAGUAUCCAUACCAGAGGUCAAUGUACCUGUUAAAGAACAAACAGCAGAAGUCACACUUCCAGGAGGAGAGGCUGAACAGAAAGAUCUAAUGAUUGUUAGUUCCCCAACCGAAUUUAAACUGCCAGAAGUUAACCUGCCAAAAUUUGGAGUCAAAACUUCAAAGGGUACAGUAAGUUUACCAUCAGCAGAUAAGGACAUAAAAGGAAUAGGAAUUACUGUUCAUGAACCAGACAUCAAGUUGUCAGGUCAAAUACAAAAAACUGAAUUAGAUGUAAAAGAAAUAGAGACUGAUAUACAUGCCACAAUAAGAGAAAUUGAUGUUCAUCUAGCAGAAGGAAAAGUAAUACUACCCCAACCUGAUGUUGACGUUCAAGACAUAUCCAUUGAAGGCAAAGCAGAUAUGUCUGAAGUUGACUUGAAAGGGCAUGAUGUGAAACUGAAGAAGCCAAGCUUUUCACUACCAAAAUUUGGGUUUUCAAAGACAGAUAUUAAGGGGCAAGAUGUUGAUGCCAUUCAACCAAAGGCAGAUAUGUCUAUGCAAGAGGGCAACAUACCUGUUGAAGACAAAGAUGCAGAAAUCACCAUCACAGAUGAAGUGAAAAAACAAGGAGAUACAACAACUCAGACAAAAUUUAAGCUGCCCUCAAUCAACCUUCCAAAGUUUGGACUCAAAUAUCCAAAAGCUACAGCUGAUAUUCCAGCAGCUGAAGUAGAUAUCAAAGAACCUGAAAUCAGUUUCCCAGAAAAAGGAGAGGUACAAACCACUGACACUGAAACAAACAUAGAUAUUAAAGGGCCAUCUGCUGAUGUGGAUAUUAAGGUCAAGGAGAUUGAUGAUGAUGGCACGGGGAGUAAGUUCAAACUGCCAAAAUUUGUAAUUGGCAUGCCAAAAGUAAAGGAGAUAGAGAUAGAGGGUAAAGAAAUAAACAUAGAGACUGGCCUGCUAUGUAAAGAAAAUGUAAAUGUACAACAGCCUGGUGUUGAAAUUCAAAAUGUGACCAUUGAGGGGAAAACAGAUAAAGAUGAAGUUGACUCCAAAGGGCUGAAAGUGAAACUUCCCAAAUUGGGAUUUUCAAAACCAGACCUUAAGGCUCCUGAAGUUGAUGUGAGUCUACCCAAAGCUGACAUGGGCACAUCAGUGGGAAAUGUUGAUGUUUCAAAGCAAUCUGCAGACAUUAAAUUACCAGAACAAGAUCUUUAUUUGAAGGAGGACACUUUUGGCUCUCCAACAAGAUUUAAACUUCCAACAAUCAGUUUCCCAAAAUUUGGAACCAAAGCAUCGAAGGAUACGGUUGAUAUACCUACGGCACAUGUGGACAUCAAAGUUCCUGAAGUAAGCCUUCCCAAUAAGAAGUUUAACAUGUCAGGAGAAGUGUCAAGUGUUGAAAUGAAAGGGCCAACAGUAGAAGAUCCCUCCGUUGAGAUAAACAUUAAGGGAGAUGAUAAAAAGCAACAAGAGGGCAAAUUUAAGCUUCCAAAAUUUGGGAUUGCUCUUCCAACAAUUAAAGGUCCAGACAGUGACCAAGGGCUUAAGAAAGCUCUGACUGAAACAAAAGUGAAAAUGUCAGGGGAUGCACUAUCUAUAAACAAGAAAGAGCUAAUAUUACCCAAAGGAUCAGUGGAAGUGGAUGUGGAGGCUAAAGGUGCUGAACUUGAAGUAGAAGAAAGUAAAAUCAAACUACCACAGUUUGGAAUUUCUCUACAAGCAUCGAAAAGUCCAGAAAUUGACAUAAGUGUUUCAAAAGCAGAGGUUUCUAAAACUGACAUAAAAAAAGCUGGUACAGAAAAAGAUGUUGAGGUUGAGGAACCAGCAGGUUUAACUGAUUUGAGUUCUAAGGGACUAAAAAUGAAGAAACCAAGUUUUGGAUUUCCAAAUAUUGUAUUUUCAAAAUCAGAUGGCAAGUCCCAAGAUAUUCAAGCCACUGAAACGACAGCAGAUAUAUCCUUGCCAGGGGGCAAUACAGAAAUAGAAGAAAGUGAAAGAGAGGGCAAAACUGAAAUAACAGGUCCACAAUUUGGCUCGCCAACAAAAUUCAAACUCCCAACAAUAAAAUUACCCAAAUUUGGACUCUCCGCUCCAAAGGUCCCUAGUGAUGCAGCAAAGGCUGAUUCUGAAACCAAAGAAAUUAAAGUUAGUUCUGUGGAUUAUGAGAUAGAGACAUCAAAGUUGGAUCCAUCAGGUGACAUCAAAGGCAAAACUGCAGAGACUGAAACCGCAUCUAUUGAUAUUAAUAUAAAAGAAAAAGAGCUUAAUCAAGAGGGACAGGAAAUUAAAUUUAAACUUCCAAAAUUUGGAAUUUCAUUGCCCAAAGUAAAAGGUCCUGAGGUGACAGUAACUGCAAAAGAGGUAAAGACAGAAACACCUGAAAUUGGGUUCACUGAACCAGAAAUCAAGAUGCAAGCAGAAGAUGCAAGUCUCCCAAAAGUAGACAUGGCUCUAGAGGAAAGUUCCAGUCUUGAAAAAAAAGAGGUAGAGACUGAGUUGAAAGAAGAUACAGUUGUUUCAGGUUCUCCAAGUAAAUUCAAAUUGCCUACUUUUAAAAUGCCAAAGUUUGGAAUUUCAACUCAAAAAACAUCUGAUGCAAAAGUAAAAGUAGCAGAAGUAGAUGUACCAGAUGCUAACACUGACCUAAAUAUUGAAGACAAGCCUGUACAAAUGUCUAAAGAAAUACAAAGAGAGGGUGAAAUUAAAGAAACCACUGAACAGCUUCCAGACACUGCUGCUAAAAAACUGGAUGGGGACAAAGGCUCCCCAAGUAAAUUCAAGUUUCCUACAAUAAAAAUGCCAAAGAUCAGCAUUUCAAGAACAAAAUCUCAGGAAGGAGAAGACGACACAACUACCAAAGCGAGUGCUCCAGAUGCUAAAACAGAAACCAAAGAUGAUACACAAGGGCCUGGAAAAUCACCUAAAUUUACAAUGCCUACACUUGAGGAUGUUCUCAGGGGCUUUGAGGUUGAAUUUAAUGUUCCAACAACAGAGGAAAUGGAAGCACAAAAGGACACACCAUCUGUUAAGCAAGAUCAGGAGGCUGAAGCAAAAGUUGAGGAAACAGCAGAAUAUAAGGACAAAGGAGCUCAGGAGAAAUCAAAGUUUAAAUUUAAAUUUCCAAAAUUAGGAUUCAGCCAGUCUUCAGAUGAAAGCGAUACGUUGGUUGAUGCUAAGAUUGAAGAAAGUGAAAAGCAUUUGGAGGCUUCAGCAGAUCAGAAAGCAACUGUUAGCAAAGAACAAGCAAAAACAGAGAAAGGGGGCUGGUUCAAGUUCUUAUUUUCUUCUCCAACCAAAACAUCAAAAACAGAUGGGAAAGAAAUAAUCCAACCGCCUGAAGAGGCUGAGAAGCUUGAUGAUGUUGAGAAAGAAUCAAGCAAGGCACACGAGGAACCUGAGAAGAUUUCACUCAGUGAGGCUGUGGAGGAAAACAUCAGCCCGACACCGUCACUAAAGUCAUCUGACGCUUUUGCAGAUAUAAGUUCUACAGUAACCACUGAGCAGACUGGCCUGUCACAGACUUCACCUACAAAGGUUAAAGUGAAAUAUGCUGAACCCACUGCCACCGUUGGGGUCAGUGAUGUACAAAAUGAUGUUGUGACUUCCACAGCCAGAUGUGAACUGAUAUCAGUGGAGCCUCACCAGCCAGAGAAAGUCAACAUCCCUUUCUUAUUGGAUAUGUCCUCAGCCUCAGUGGACACUCUGAAACAGAUGUCAGGGGAAAUUCAUGUCAUCACAUCGAACAUACAAGCUAUACCAGAAACACAGCAAGCCUCAAUCCUUACUAAUUUAGAUGUGCAUGGAAUUCACACCUCGCCUUUACAAGUAACACUAGGCUCAGAUUCAGUGUUGACAGUGGAGGAAACCAGAGUACAAAGUGGGACGCACACAUUGGUGGAAAGGCAUGUUGUGAAAGAAACUUUACAUGAUGACAAAGAGACAAUACUUGUGACACAGAGAACACGUGUAUUUGAAGGAGACUCUGCAGAACCCAUUUCUGAUGAGACGGCUUCUUCGAUUCGCAGGCUGAGAGACACGGUACACACUGAAAAAAUGAGUUUUUUGGACAGUGCAGCAACAAUUGAAGAGGUCACAAUAGUGAGCUCUGAAACAUCUCUAAGACAUAUGGAUUCCUCUACCGAUGAGAAUGGGGGGAAAUGAACAUGAGAUAUGGCUGAGUUGAUUUUAUGCUUUUGAACGUAUGUUUCAUUGUUCUAUUAUACUGUCAUAUAAGCCAGCUGAAUUGUAACACUAUUAUGCAAAAGAGCGCUGAUACUUAUGAACACAUCACAGAGUAUUGUUUAGCUAACAGAGAUUUUAUGCUUAAAAGACUUUAAAAAACUAUAUCCACUGGACAAAUUAUGUAUGUACAUGGAAUAAUAGAAAAAAAAAUAUUAUAAUUUAUGUGUGGGUUGUCAGUGUGCUUUAUUGUAAAUCUGUCAUCUUGGGAAUAUUGUUUAUAGUGCAGACUUGGCGAUCAAGCAAUCACCAUUUAAACAGAUAUAUUCACAUAAAAUGAAUUACAAAGUUGAUGUGGCAGUAUAACAUAUUGAGGCAUUUGUUUCUUUAAGGUUAUUUUGUGAAAACGAUGUAAUUGCAAUUAUAAUUCUUUGUUUCUGCAGCCUUGAGAAAGAAUGAAAACAUUGUGUAAAUAUGUUUUAUUCACCCCAAAGCAUUUGCACCUAUGGUAUGAUGGAAUCUAUGGACUUGCAAAAUACCCAAUGCAUAUUUUCAAAUACAAAUCAUUUUCUUAAUAAGCAAUGACUUUUCUUUUAACAUAUAUAGUCAAAGUAAUCCAUUUAAUGUUGUAAGAGAAACACUUUAAUUGGUCGCUGCAAAAUAAAUAAAAAGUG